AUGGCCCGCCCCUGCGAAUUUGCCGAGCGCAGUUUGCAGGCCUACCUGCACCCCACCAGAAGCCCGAUGGUCGUGCAAUCGAUGCUGUACUCGGCCUCCCUCCACUUCAACGCCCUCCCAAUGAUACGGGGCGCCACCAAGCAGGUCUCGUUGGACACGGCAGAGCAACUCCGACUCAAAGGAUCCGUCAUGGUCCGUAUCCGGGAGAAGCUGUCGACCGUCACUCAACACAACAUCAGUUGCGACUGGGUCGACGACAUCCUGCUGAGCAUCUUGUACCUCGCCGCCAAUGAGAACCUCGACCAUGUCGAGCCACCGGACACGACCCCAUUUGUCCCGCCCUUUCGCAGCCUGCAGCUCAUGGAAUUCUACGGCAGCUGCGAGUUCCACCCGCUCCACUGGCAGACUGUCCAGCAUAUCGUUCUCGAGCGGGGAGGUCUCGAGACGGUAAAGCUGUACGGACUGGCCUGGCUGAUUUCUAUAUCGGGCCUGAUCAUCGCGAUAAACACACAUCGCAAACCCGUCUUCCCACUUAUAUCCCCUGAGGGGAAACCCUGCUUACACCGCGCUCCCCUGCAAGCCCUCUCCAUCCGCACGCCACCGCGUCAUUCCACGCUCCGCAACCAUGGCUUCCAGCAGCUUGCCCUGCUGUCCCCACCAGUCAAGGGCAACAUCAUUCGCGUUUUUUUGGACUUAAACGAGAUCACCCACGCCCUGCAUAUUCUCAGUAGCGAGACCUGCGGCGCCACCCUGCUGACACAGAUAGGCGAUACGCGGGCCAGCGUCCUGCAUCGGCUGUGCAGUCUGCCUGAUCACAGGGACCGGGCCAGCGCCAUCCUGCAUAAGAGACCGGGAUGUACGGCGGAGGACCAGGGACGAUCGAUUGCCGUGUAUCUUAUGUGUCGGAGUACAGCCCUCCUCUAUGGCGCCAGCGUGGUCCUGCCUCUUCCGAAAAUGUCACGGUUACGGGCUACGCUGACGAAGGAGAUACAGGAGGAUAUGGUUCGGCUGCAGGGACGCGAGAUAGCAAACCAUAGAUGGGAGAUAUUUCUGUGGUGUUGCAUGGUGGCGGGGAUCUGUGCGGAUGCUACUCCGUCGAUCAGGGAUUGUGUGCUUGGGAUUGACUCUUGGGAUGGCCUUCUACAAGUUCUGCAGUCGUUCGCCUGGCUGGACGGUGCAUCAGAGGAGGCUGGGAGGGCGAUUUGGGCGGAAAUGGCUACAUCUAGAUUAAUAAUGAGUCGUCAGCCAUGCGGAGGACAUUUGAUAAACAGUAGCCCCAAGCCAUUUUUCUGA